GGAAGUUCCAAAUGCCCAAGUUCCAUAUGCCCAAAUUUGGAAUUUCAAUGCCCAAAGGGAAAGGUGUCCCAGAGGCAGAAAUCAGCGUUCCUCCUGUGGAAGCAGAGCUGCCAAAGACAGAACUCAAAGCAGAAGUGACACUGCCCUCUGCUGAGCUUGGGACCGAACUUAAGCUUCCAAAAGUGGAGGUAGAUGCCCCUAGUUUGGACGUGGAGAUUGGAGAUGCGGGCAAAAUCAAAAUGCCUGAACUGAAGGUGCCUAGCGUCAAGGUCCCCAAGCUCAAAGGGCCAGAAGUAGGGAUCUCCCUGCCAAAGGUUGAGACUGACAUCACCCUUCCAUCUGAAGAUAUUUUAUAUUACAUAAUCAGGUGCUAAGAUUUAAGCAGCAAUAAUAUAAAAAAUGAAAUUAAUUGACAUAAGAGAAAAAAUAAACUUAAGAUGCCAAAAUUCAACUUUUCCUUAGUUGGACUUCAAGAAAGAAACUAGUGGUUUCACUGCUAUUAAUGCAAGCAGAGAAGAUCCCUCAUUUACAGUUUAAACGAAAGAAUAGAAUUUUUAAUUAAAACUGACUAUAGAGAAAAUGACUAUUAGAAGGCUUCAUUCUAGUUUGCCAAAAAUGAAAGAUUAUAAAGCUGAAAUACCUAUAUGCUGUCACUGAAUAAUGACAUGACAGUGUCUGUUUCUAAAGAAGAAAAAGAUAUUUCACAAGAAACAUUAGAUAAAGAAAUCAUUGACAAUGAUAUAAAAAAGUAUUAAAAUGACCAAAGUUAAGGUUCCAAGCAGAGAAAAUUUUAGAUUAGCAAUUAAAGCUUCUACAGUAGAUAUGGAAAUCAGUUUACCUACAGUCUUAAUUCCUUCACUCAAUGUCAGUUCUUAAAAUGAGAGUUAUAACCAGAUGAUGUUGAUGACAGAAAUGAUAAAUCAGUAGCAGGAAUCAAGGUUCCUAAAAUGAAAGUAUUGGGAAUUAAAGUAGAAAGACUGAAAUAUUUGUAAGUGGAAUAGAAAUUAAAAUUAAAACCUAAAGUUGUAUAUAAGAAAAUUAAAAGGUAAAAUUUCAAAUGGCUAACUCUGGGAUCUCA